UCUCUUUUUUUCCAUGCUUUGAACUUUGAAAAACUGAAUUUUCUUCGCGUUUGAUUUGUUUAUUAUUAUUUAUUAUUAUUAUUUUUAAGAAUUCGAUUCUUAUUGUUCCACCUCACUUCUAUAAAUUCACUCCAUUCUUGCUCUUCUUCUCGUAUGUUAAAAACUCCCAAAAGAGAGACUCAAAAACUUUCAGCACAAAUGGGUUUUGAGAGCAACCAAGGAAACCAGUUUCUUCUCUCCAAGAUUGCCACCAACGACGGCCACGGUGAGGACUCGCCGUAUUUCGACGGGUGGAAAGCGUACGAUAACGACCCGUUCCACCCGGACAAAAAUCCCUCCGGUGUUAUUCAGAUGGGUUUAGCUGAAAACCAGCUUUCUUCAGACUUGAUCGUCGAUUGGAUUAGGAGAAACCCGAAAGCCUCACUCUGCACCGAGGAAGGGCUCGGGAGCUUUAAGGACAUUGCAAACUUUCAAGACUAUCAUGGCUUGCCUGAGUUUAGAGAGGGAAUUGCGAAUUUCAUGGGAAAGGCGAGGGGUGGGAGAGUGAGAUUCGACCCGAGUCGGAUCGUGAUGGGUGGUGGAGCCACAGGGGCUAGCGAAAUGAUCAUCUUCUGUUUGGCCGAUCCCGGCGACGCCUUUCUCGUCCCGUCGCCGUAUUAUCCAGCGUUCGAUAGAGACCUUGGAUGGAGGACUCGGGCGCAGAUAAUCCCAGUCCAUUGCAACAGCUCCAACAACUUCCAAAUCACAAUACCAGCCUUAGAGGCAGCCUACAAAAAGGCCCGAGAAUCCAACAUUAAAAUAAAGGGUGUUAUAAUCACCAAUCCUUCAAAUCCUUUGGGCACAACAUACGACCACGACACUCUCAAAAACCUCGUAACCUUUGUGAAUGACAACAAUAUUCACUUAAUAUGUGACGAAAUUUACUCUGCCACUGUCUUCAAAUCCCCAAGCUUCACCAGCAUAGCUGAGAUUGUUCAAGAAAUGGAGCACUGCAAGAAGGAGCUGAUUCAUAUUCUUUACAGCUUGUCCAAGGACAUGGGGCUCCCUGGUUUUAGAGUUGGCAUUCUUUAUUCUUACAACGACGCCGUCGUGAACAACAGUCGGAAGAUGUCGAGCUUCGGGCUGGUCUCGUCGCAGACGCAGCAUUUGCUGGCUGCCAUGCUCUCCGAUGAGGAGUUUGUGGAGAACUUUCUGGUCGAGAACUCGAAACGACUGGCAGAAAGGCACUCGAGGUUCACAAGAGAGCUAGAGAAAAUGGGGAUCACUUGCUUGAACAGCAAUGCAGGGCUUUUUGUGUGGAUGGAUCUACGACAGCUACUGAAAGAACAGAGCUUUGAAGCAGAAAUGGAGCUAUGGCGAGUGAUUAUCAAUGAAGUGAAGCUCAAUGUCUCUCCUGGCUCUUCCUUCCAUGUCACUGAACCAGGUUGGUUCAGAGUUUGCUUUGCCAAUAUGGAUGACAACACAGUCAAUGUUGCACUCAAUAGAAUCCAAUGCUUUGUUGGAAAGAACAACAAAAAGGAAGACGACGUGGCGGUCACGGUGGCGGUGGUGGCACCGACCAAACCGAAGCGGCGAGAGAGUAAGCUGCGGCUGAGCUUCUCCUUCUCGGGGCGGAGAUAUGAAGAUGGCGGGGUACUUAACUCGCCGCACAUGAUGUCGCCUCACUCACCGCUGGUGAGAGGCUGAUUUUUUAUAUGACUUUUGAAAUAGUAAAAAGUGUUUUUAACCAUUAAAAACCAUUUUUUGAAAUUUUUUAUUUCAAAAACAAGCAUUUGAUUAAUGUUUGUGGUAAAAAUUCUUUAAUACGGAAAAACACUUUUUUUUUUUAAGUCAUCCUACUGUGGAUAUGGAUGAUAUAUAGUGUAUUUUUUUUCCCACUGUGGAUAUGGUGUAAGCUUUAUUUUUUUUUGUGGGAAGAUAUAUAAUAUAUAGUUUGUAAUUGGGUGUUAUUUGGGGAAUAUAAAUAUUGGGUGUUUGUAGGAAGUUGAUUGAUAAGGGCUUUGUUGUACUUUUGUAGAUUUUUCCCUUUGGACACAUCUAACUCUAAGGGAAAACUUGUAAUAAUGUAAUUGGAGUUACAUUUUUAUAUAGUUAUUACUAUUAAUACAAUUGUUGUCUUUGAUGUA